AUGGACGUGCCGCGGCCAUCUAGUCGCGUGGAGAUAGUCGCUGCGAUGCGCCGUGUUCGCUACGAAUUCAAGUCGAAGGGCGUGAAGAAACGCAAGGUGACUGUGGACGUGUCAACAAACGGCGUUCGGGUGACAUUGCGUACCAAGAAGAAGCCCAAGCUUACCAACUGGAUGAAGAAGGGAAAGAGGAAGUUCUUCAGCCGCCGCCGCAAGAGCGACACCAGCUGUGAGACGUUAGAAUUGAUGAACCACCCCAUUUACCGCAUCUUCUACGUCUCCCAUGACAGCUCCGAUCUCAAGAUCUUCUCCUACAUCGCUAGGGACGGUGCGACAAACGAGUUCAAGUGCAACGUCUUCAAGAGCAGCAAGAAGGCUCAAGUGUCAUUCAACCGAACCGGCGCGGACCGCGGCUCGGGUGCGCGCGGUCGACGUAACUCAGAUGGGGGCGCUGAGAAUACGCGAAUGUGUUUAUUUGCGGUGCUUGUAGCGGCGGGCGACGCACGCGCCGACCAUGCGGCCGCCACCUCAGUUGUACAGUGGGAACGGGAGCGG